AUGAGUCAAAUCAAAACUAACUCCAUUAUAACCAAUGUUUUUAAUUGUACUGCUAAAUUAACUAGCUUUAAAAAAAUAUCUCUAAUCCAAAAUACCCAUAGAUUUUACCACCCAAAUACCACAGAGUAUCCUAAACCUCACUCUUAUUUUCCAUAUCUAACUUACGCUCCAGAUUCCAUUCAAGCCAAAAUUUUGAGCAAUUGUUUGCAAAAACAUGUCCCUAACACAGGCAUUAAUGAACGUAGCUUGAUAAAUAGUUGCAAUGAUUUGGGUCAAUCGUCAACAAUGCUAAGCGUACUAAGCGCUCCAUCCAACAGUGCUGUUUUAGAAUUGAUUAAGUUUCAUUUAGUUACUUCCAGACUAGAAUUAUUUCAUUUUGCAUCAAAAAAUGAUAAAAGCUUGGAAGAAAUUUUUUUGAAAAGAUUAGAAUUAAACAAGCCCAUAAGUAACCAAUUAUCUGCUUUAUUAAGCCAUUUAACCAGCCCUUUCCCUUCUAAUUUAGAUGUAGGUAUCCAAGAAUUACACAACUUGUCAAACGACUUUGUUGUAUUGGCUAACGAUAUUAAAGAGAGUCAUGAUUUUGCUUGGUACAGUAAAAGGAUGGGCUUAAGUGUUGCAUAUGUUAGUUCUGAAUUGUUCAUGGCACAAGACAAAUCCGAAAAUUUUAAGGAAACUAUGGAAUUUGCCAGGAGAAGAUUGGACAAUUGGAGAAAUUAUGGUACCAUGUACAAUAAUACUGAAGAAUUUUUAUGGUUUCAAUUAAUGAGUGGCUUAAGUUUCGUUAGAAGCCAAACUGCUUGA